AUGAUCUCCGCUUCAUCCGUUAUCCUUGCCCUCUCGGCUGUCUCGCCCGCGCUCGCAGACCUCGGCAAGAGCACACUCUUCCCGGACGGCCUUCACGACCCGCUCAGUGGUCUCGAUAACUUGCCGGUGCCGACCUUCACUACCGCUUCCGUCGACGUGCCCGACAUCUGCACAUCGCACGCGAGCGACUCAGGAUGCGAUACGACCGUCGAGGCGUAUCAAGUCACCAUUGGCGACUGUGCUGAGCCGUGGACUUUGUGCCGCUGCGCCGACGCGCAGAUGGACAUCAACGCGAUGGCGACACGCUUCGCUCAGGUCCCUCCCGGUGUCCGCUCUUACGUCGGCAGCGCACUCGCCGUCGCCGCAGACUCAUGCUCCGCCGGCUCGUCAGGCGACUUCAUCGUCUUCAACGGCGAUUGCUCGCAGAGUGUCUUCGACCACGAAUCGGGCCAUUCGCUGGACCAGAACACCUCCCCUUCGGACACCUGGACCAACGCGCUCGCUGCUUCAUCUUGCGUGCCGGACGACUACGCCAACUCCUCGCCUGCCGAGGAUUUUGCGCAGGUCAACGUGUGCUACAUCUACCAACAGCGCGUCGGCACUCUGCCUGCAGACCCGACCUGCAUGCAGCCGCAGCUUGACGUGUUCUCGAGUGAUGCGCGUAUCAGCGGUGCAAUCAGCGCUACGCAGUGCAAUGCCGACGUGCGGCCGUUCCAGCUGUCAGACAGCGAGGCGUCAAGCAAGAACCUCUCGAACGCCGUCUACAACGGCAAGAUCGAGACGACGUUCUUCCAUGCUACCCCUUCGCGCAAGUGA